AUGUCGUGUUCUUGCGGCGGUAAGUGCGCCGGCAGGUGCCUGGCUUCGCCGCCUCACAACAAACCGCCCGGCUGUUGCGGCGUGCCCUGCCUGCCCAUCGCCCCCAGGUACAAUAUGAGAGACAGGGAACGCGAGCUGUGGUCACUGGGGACUGGUAAAUUUCUGAGCCAUUCCGAGGAUUUGGAAAACGGACUGCAUUCCUUGCAACUCGAAAGGCUAGAUGCAUUAAUUUGUAUCGAAGGAGAAAAGGAGUUGGAGAAGUUCGCGUGA